UUCCACCGUUGGAUCAAAAUCGAAUCAACGGCCUUAAAUGAACCCGCCAAAAAAGAAACGUAUUUCGAAUGAAACGGCAUAGUACACAUUAGAGACAGAAUCAACAGUAAGCACAGCUGCUUGUCGGUUAUAUACCUCUAUUCAUAUCCCGCCACGUGUCCCUUAAACCCCCUCGUAGCAAAAAUAUAUACACACCAGCGGAACCAUCACAGCGCGUGUUUUGUGUGAGAGCUAUGGAGAGAAAAUUACCUCUUGCUCAACCGGGAUUUAAUGCCGGAGAAGCGUUGCUACCACUUAUGGAGUCUGAUGAAGCCUUCAUCAACGGCAUGUACGACGGUAUGAGCUAUCAGGCUCUGUUGAGUUUGAGCCUCGACCACAGCUACUAUGGCCAAGUGAAACCUUUCGCAGCUCACUCAUCUUUUCACCCUUCUCUCGUCAAUGAUAUGCUCUGCGCCAGUAAUGUUUCUUCUCAUGAUUUCUCUACUGGAGAUCAUUUUGCAUGGCUUAAUAAGAAGACAGAGAUCAAUCCUGAUGCUGAUAAAAAGAUGAAAUUCCCAAAACUGGAACCAGUAACUGAUAAUCUCCCGUUAUAUCCAUACAACAAUGAGGUUUUUUUAAGUGAGCCGUUCAACUACUUCUCCAACACCUCCGGUGGCUUUGGAUAUCACAGUCUUCCAGAUCUUCGUUGCCUCGAACAGUCAAACUAUUUGGAUUUCUCGUCAUCGCUGGUCACAACAGAAAACCGAGUCGUCGAACCUGUUUCACAAGUUAUGAGUAACCUCUUAAAGAGCAGGCAGCCUUAUAGUUCAUCUACAACUCGAAUGCGAAGACAGAAGCUAAGCGAGAAAACACGAUGUUUGGAAAAGCUAUUGCCGUGGGAUAAGAAAAUGGAUACGGCUACUAUGUUAGAAGAGGCGUACAAAUACGUGAAGUUUCUACAGGCGCAGAUUAGCGUCUUACAGAGCAUGCCUCCGCUGGUAGAAGGAGGUCCUUCGUCUUCUUCCGAUCAGGACAGAAAUAAAUCAAAUGAAGCGAAGGCGAUUAGCGUUUUUGGGACACUGGGGAGACUGAACAGGCAGCAGCUUUUACAGGUUUUACUGAAUUCGCCUGUUGCUCAGACGUAUCUCUACUCCAAAGGCUGCUGUGUUUACUCCGUAGAACAGCUGGUUCAGUACAGGAAAAUUGCUCAGAGAAACGCUUUGUACCGCCAAUCUUUGUUUUUCUCCGGCAUGCUCUCUUGAACAAAACGAUUCCGAUCCUCAGGUGCUCUUUUUUCCUUUUUUUGGUUAAAAAAAAAAGUAGUGAAAGUUAAGGCUAUAGGAGUAAAGGGGAAACCUGUAGAUGUGUGAGAAAUUGGUAACUGCACUGAAGUAGAUCAAGUAGUGUUAGGAUCAGUCUAUUCUCUUUUUUUGCUAAUCAUUACAUGUAAGUACGUGAUAUGAAUCAUCUUUGAGCAACUUCUUCAUCUCAAUGAUUCUAUACUGAGAUAA